GAAGCUGGACCAGCUGACACUAAACAAAGAUUUGGCAUUAUAAUGUCUAAAAUGCCACAAUCACCUAGAGGAUUGCUGCCACCGCUAAGUUCACUUGUAUCACAGAAGAAGGUAUCUCCAACUGAAAUGAGAUGUGAAGCCAGGAGAGAACUCUGUUCUGUGCCAAGUAAACCAGAAAGUGUGACCCUAAAUGGAUUUGUGGAUUCAUCUGUGCUGCACGCCAAAGAGGAAAUGACUUCUGCAUUUGUUGAAGAUGCCAAGAAAGUUAAAAGGAAAAUGAAAAGUCCUCUUCAAUCUUACAUCAUGCUUUCUGAAGAAAAUUUGUUGAAGGAGAAACAGGACUCUGUAAUGCCUUCAGGUGAUAGACAACAGUACAGUUUUACGAAACCACCUCAGAAAGGAGAACCUCUUCUGAGAAGUGCCCAAAAUCCAGGUUUGGAAUGGAUCCUGAAACAGAAGUCUGAAGAACAUUUCUUGGCAGUAGAUACUGAUUACUCUGUCAUAGGCCCUGAUAAUCUUACUGUUUUGGUUUCUGCUAGACUGGCCCAGGUGGAACAGUGCAUCCCAGGACUCAAAACAUGUUUGGUUAUUGCACAACAACCAGUGACUGGUGCUAGGCACUGUUAUACAAAAUUAAUUUCCCCAGAUGUUUCUGUUGGCAUUGACUUUUGCUACCAUCCUGCAUAUGUUAAGAUUAGUAAACAUUUUGGGAAUCUGCAAGCAUCGUUGAAGUACCAAGCUCAUUUGAAACUGGCUAGUGAUUUUACUAGAUGCAUGAAAAACACUUCUGAUUUCCUUAAGAAGAUUUCUAUGUUGCUUCAGAAAAAACAACUUCUUUUAAAAACAUUGACUCAGAAUUUCAAAAGAGGAGCUAUGUGUGCAGAUGCUAGUGAUCUAAAAGGUCUCUGUGAGGAAUUAAGCACUCAUAUUAGGCAUUGGAGGAGCCUGUGCUGGAGAAUGCAAAAUGAUAAUUGGCUAAGGCCUAUGUUACCAAACGAACUAAAUAGUUUAGCACACCUAAAAGAAUGGUCUUCUUUACUGACUUGUCAAGCUAUUUUUCUUAUGAAGCAGUACUUACAUACUUUACUUUCUAUUUUAGCUUAUGUCAACCCCCUUGAUACAACCUCUGAGAUAUUUGUUGAUUUCUUUCAGAGUAUUGAAAUAUAUAAUAAUGUUUUGUCAGGCAAAAAUAUAGAUCCUUCUUUCUGCUUUAAGGAAUGUGAUCAGUUAUUAAGCAGAGAUAAAUCAAAUCAGGAUUUAUUUUAUGUAAAAGACAUGCUAAAACAAGAUUUGGAGCAGAGAAUUUCAGAACCGUAUUCUGUAAAGAAACUGCUGCUCAUUUUUGGAAGGCAAAAAGGCAGACUGACAGCUAGACAUUUUUAUUCAUAUCUAAUUGAACAUAGCAUGUUACUGUCUAGUCUGGAAAAUAGUAACAUGCUGAACUUGGAGUGGGAGCAUCUAAAGGUACCUUUUGUGGAGUGCAACAGGAGUAGUACUUCAAAGCUGAAUACUAAAGAAAUAAACACCAAACUACUUAGACCUAAGUUAGGGGACAACCAGCAAACAUCCAGACAGACAGACAUUAAGAAUGUAUUAGGAGAAAACUACAAAGAAUAUGUGAAAGUUAUGGAUAUGUUCCUUAGAACACUAAUAUCAUCGAACAAUGCCCUUUGUUGCCAUAUUCUCAACAAACCAAAACCUGAUAAGCUGCCACUAGCAGAAUAUUUUAGAGAAAAAAAUUGCACUUCACCAUGGGAGGACCUAACAGAUACUGGCAGCCAUUCCUCAGCAUUCUGUCAGAAUGCUCCAUAUUGGCAAAACAUGCAUGAUCUCGAAAUGAAGGAGCUGCUCCUUUCAGAGUGCUCUUCCAUGAUGUGGAAAGCCUUUGGAUGCCAUCUGCUUGAUCUGUUAUUUUAUCCAAACUGCAUUUUGACAUGUGAAUAUGGAGGGGCUUUGGGAAGCCUUUACCAGUCCAGAGACUAUAUCACUCAAGUUAUUCUUCAUAUACUGAAUGAUAUCUGUAAUAGGGGUAAGUUGGAUUCUUUAAGCAAAAAAGUGGUUGACAUCUAUGUUCUGGUGUUAAGUACCUUUCAAGACUGCUUAUAUAUCUAUUAGCAUUUAAAGAACUAAAAUAUUAAUUUAUAUUAUACAUCAAAAUGGAAGUUGUAUUUUCCAGUCAUUAUGUCAUUAAGCAGUUUGACAUGUUAUGAAUUAUUAUAUUGCUACAGCUGCUGUUCCUAUCUGUGAAUUGUGAUAAUGGUUAAAGGGAAAAGUAGUAAUUCUAAAAUGUUUUGAAGAGUUGAAAACUUUGGUAUGUGGAAACAUUAAGUACUUCCCUAAAGAGAUUAUUAAGAAAUAUUUUUUCAUUUUUUUUAGUAACAAGAAGUAAAGAAAGAAAAUGUUUUCUGAACAAAAUACCACAUUGAACUAAUUAUAUUAUGUUUUAAGUCUUUUAUAAAAUUCCACUUAAAGGAGCAUUUUCCUAUGAGAAAAUGAUGUGUAGGUCAGUGUUUAUGCACUUGUCAUAAUAUUUUAAUAGUCUAAUUAGA